AGGCGAGAUUUAGAUAAUAUAUAAAAUCAAAGAAGGCAAUCCUCAAAAAGUCAUCAAGAAGUCAGAAGCUCAUCAAAAAUUACCACUGGCAGAACCGAAAUUCGAUAUCUCAAGAAACCGGUAGUCAUCAAAUGGGUGUGGGUUUUAAGAAAUAUCAAAAGUUAGGGCGAGUUUAUUUCAAAUAAAUGGAGUGAAGAAAGAACCGUUACUGUUACCAGAGCCUGAGGGUCCAGUCACAACGCUCACAGAAAAAGUAUAUGUACCAGUCAAAGAACAUCCAGAUUUCAACUUCGUAGGAAGGAUUCUGGGCCCCCGAGGCAUGACAGCGAAACAGUUGGAGCAAGAAACGGGUUGUAAAAUAAUGGUCCGAGGGAAAGGAUCGAUGAGAGACAAAAAGAAGGAAGAUCAAAAUAGAGGUAAACCAAACUGGGAGCACCUGUCAGAUGAACUUCACGUACUCCUCACAGUAGAAGACACAGAAAAUAGGGCACAAAUCAAAUUACAAACAGCUGUAGAAGAAGUUAAGAAAUUAUUAGUCCCGCAAGCAGACGGUGAAGAUGAGCUGAAAAAAAGGCAACUAAUGGAAUUGGCCAUCAUAAAUGGAACAUAUAGGGAUUCCUCCUCAAAAGCAGCUGCAGUAGCCGCCACGAAUCCUCUGUUAUCAUUUCCGGCUACUACAAGUAUCUACUGUAUGACAUGCGCUCCAUUUGUUUGCGCGUGUGACGAAGAGUGGCGACGAUUGGCCGCAUCAGCCAUGGAUGCUCAACGGCUGCUUUCUCCUGCCAUUCCCGGACUGACGGGGCCCCUACGCGGCCCUACAGCCACGCCCCUAGGAGCGCCCCUCAUCCUCUCGCCACGCAUGUCAGCAAUGCCACCUCCCAACUCGGCAGCGUCCCUACUCAAUGGCGGAGGUCCCCCAGGUGCAGCCGGUUUGCUAACUCCCGCAGGGGCGGGCGACCCCCACCAGCUGAUCUACACCCCGUUCGACUACGCCAACUACGCCGCUCUGGCGGCCACGCCUCUAAUCACCGACUACGCGGCAGCGGCGGCGGCAGAGCAUACGGGUGCGGCAGCUGCUGUUGCUAAGCAACGCAGAACUUUUGGACAGUUCAGGGAGCACCCCUACCAAAGGGCGGGAGCGCUCUCUUAAGGCUUUGCGGAGUGCUAACAACUGAACCAACCAACCGAAAAUCCACCCCUCCGUUGUCACACAUACCCCCUUCUACUACCACACCACCACCGACUAACUGUCAAAUGUCGAAUGGAGCGCCAAAGUUGGACAGCCAUUCAAUCUCUGUGGGGUAGCGGUACGUUCUAACAUCUUAAUACAUUAAUACACAUCACUAACAUUAUGUUUUGUCUGUAGUCUCUAAAAUGACGACUUCCGGAUCUCACCGUCAUUGUUUGCUCGAAUAACCAUCCAUCAUUGGUUCGACCGUGAGACAAAAAUGUUUCAUAGUCACCAUGACAGAUAUUGCUUAGAACUUUGAACUGCCUAAGGAUUCUUCACUGAGAAUUUUCUUUGAUAGUCAUUUUUCUCUGAAACAACUGACAUAAGGUCAAUUAUAAAUAUCUAGAACAUAAAGCAGCAAUUUGUUUGAAGGGAGUUUGAGAAAUGAAUUAUGAAAUUGAAUAAUAGUCACUUUGAUGACGAUACAGUGCAUUUAAAAAUUCGGUUAGGUUUAGUUGCUGCUAGCCAGCCUGUCACUGCCUUCCGGAGAAUUUUAAGGAGGUAAAAAAGGAGUGAUAGCUUGAUAUACUUUCAGUUGCAACAAAACGUUAACAAGAAAGGUUUUUCUUCAUGCAUAUGGUUUGAAAUAGGUCAUUUGAAACAGUAUUGAAUAAGAUGAUACGUUCUUAUUUCUUGGAAUCUGAAAAAAUAACUUGAGUGUCAUUUGUAAAAAUUGUUAUAUAUUUCCUAUAAUUUUUUCUUGGAAUGCUUCGAUAACAAAUUGAGGUAUUGUGAUAUAGAUAAUUAGAUGAUUGGUGUGCACCCUGGAAGUCCCAUUUUAAGAGAUAUUAUUUAUUUGUUGGAAGUUUUUGUGUUAUGCAAAAAUCUCUUAUAAGAAAUCUCAAAUCUGACAGAAGUGUAAGAUCAGUAUAGAUAAAAGGUUAAUCAAUUUAAAGGGCGUUUCAUUUUAGUCUUUACCAUAAUUUUCUUGAAUUUUGAUAUUGGAACUAUUGUAUAUUGUAUUUAAAUUCUUGUUUCUUGAGUUUAAAGGUUUUCAAUUGAUUACUAAAUUUAUAACACAAAAGUUUCCAAGCUCUCCAAACCCAUUCUGCUGUACGAAGUACUUGUAUAUAUGCUUAGGUUUGUCAUUAACCUAUGAUUCAUCAAACCAUCCUCAUCUUCAGUUAUAUAUACAGCGGAAGGGUAGAGAAAGUCAUCUCUUACAUUAUAGAUACUCUUUCAUUACAUCUCAAAUAAUAUUGUAGCAUAACCUCACUUUUCUUCCGGUAUACUGUUAGACGUUGCCAUUUUUUAUAUUCGUUCUCAAAUACAAAAGUGCCUUAGUACAUAGUUUAACAGUUUACCUGGAGUUUGUAAAAAGAAAUCGAAGCUGCUGGGAUAUUUUUAUAUCCUAUGAAUCUCAUUUAUUACGUCGUUUGUCUGCAGACUGAAAGUUAUCAUACUUACUUACAUGUAAGUAUGUAGGGAAAAUUCUCAAUUUAUAAAUUUAAUUUUAAAGAAUGCUUACUUUUCAAGAGAUCUGUUUCGAUUGAGCAAAAAUUUAUAUGUUUAUCUGAAAUUACUUCAUAGUUAAGAUAACAUCGAAAUAUAAUAAUAUUCUAGACAAUUUUCAACUUUGCAAGAUGAUAAAUCCCCUGCAAAGAAGAAUUUAUAUAAAAUAGAAUGUUGCUUAAGUGAGAUAUCGUUAUGAGAUAAAUUUAAUAUUUUUAGUAUCAUUGUUGAUGGAGCUCGAUUUAAUUUUACAAAAAUCUCAUCAUAGCUUUAGUUAAGCAUUCACCUAUUUAUAUGGAAAAAGUAAUUUACUAAUAUUAUUAAUAUCUAUCUGUAAAGUACAAACGUUUUACGUGUGCCAAUUAUUAACUUUAACAUCAAUUUAUUGUUAUCGUAAUAAUCAUUUCCUGAAGUGUCCUUAAUUACAAAAACACGAAAAGGUGUUAUCCAGUGGAAAUCAAGAUGCAUCUUAAAACCGUUUUUCCCAUCCAAAAAACAACUUGUAGAUGAAUCACUUGUAUUUGUAUCAUCAUCACAUAACUAUGGUUAAAUCAAAGAGUCAGUUCAGUUGUACUUGUAAUUUGGGUGCAAAGGAUUACAACCAUACAGUGGGUCAAGGAUAGCUCGAUAAUAAAAGGACAUCCAACUUGUGCUAUUAUAACGACUAAAACAAUCAGAUAUGGGACACCCCUACGUUAGCAGCCCAUUUAUUUUUUAAUUUCGUGACAAAAUAUAACUAACUGCACUUUUUGUUAUCAGAAAUGCCCCAUAGACAUGUAAAAAUAUUCAUACAUAUUAUUAACUGCCCAACAACAGUGAGUUAUUCUGUGGAAUGUCGAGUAAAAUCCAUAUUCAAAUGAUGACGACUUUUGAUGAAAUAGUCAAAUAUAUUAACAAAGUUUCACUUUUUUCCCAGGCAUUAACGUAAUUUGAUUUAUCAAAUUACACAAUGCUAACCCCUCAGUUGUUGAGCUGUUAGAUUUGAGAAACGUACAAAAUUUAGGGUUGUUAUAAAUUUUUUGUAAAUAAAAAAUUUAUUACUGGUCAUUCCUGAUAUUUACAACCUGGGAAAAUACGUAUUCAGAAAUGAUCAGCAAGUUCGAAAACUUGAGUGAAAUGCUAUCUUUUUUAGUUCUGAUCCAACAACAUAUGUGAUAAGUUGAAAACAUGGGAAGACGUCGCAUGUAAUUAAAGUCAAGAAGUAUAUUACAUGCCCUUAAUCUUAUCGUUUGUCUAUCCUUGGUUAGCUCCUAUCUAUGGUACAAACUUUCAGCGAGGCUACAUUAAAAAAAUAUGAUAUAGAUAAUGGGUAACACUUUUCUGGGAUGUAUUAUGAAAUCAAUAAUUGCUUAUAGUGAUUGAAAAACGCUAAUUACAUGAACACAGAAUCUACCAAGUCUUAUGACAGACAAUAAUAACACUGUACUUAUCAGCAGUUCUUAAAAAUGAUAAGGUAGGUAUAGUGUAUAGGUGACUUAAAACAUAGAUAAAAAGUAUAUGAUGUUAUAUAGCAUUUUAUAGAAAUGUUUUCAUUUCAUAUAUUCUCUUGAACUCACAUAAAGUUUAUCUUUUGUAUCAUAUUGAGAAACCUGUGUUGAUAGGAGGUUUGUAUUGAGUUAGAAGUAAAUAGAUUUACGUGUCAUGCCCCGAUCCUUAUAUAUGUAUGUGUAUAUUUGAUAUAAAGACGAAAACGAAAAUAUUGUUUUAGAGCAAUAUGCAUACUUAAUUCAAAACGGAAGUAGCUUCUAGACAUUUAACAGUGCUUAGCUCCUUUUCAUAUUUAUCGAAACAGUUGGUUGCUCGAGAAAACAACUCGUUAUAUCUUUAUAUGUAUAUUAGGUCCCUCCAUAUGUAUAUAUUUCUAAGGUAAUCCAAAAUAUUAAAAAAUGGUACCUCCUUUAGGUGUUUCAAAAUUUCAUUUGUACAUGUACAUGGAUAAAAUUCUGUCAUACAGCGGUAUGUGUUCUGAAUACUCCAGCUGCCAUUCCAUUCUUUCACUUGAGGAAUAUUUUUAGGGUACUGAAUGCGAUCCCAUAUGGAAGAAGUUGGGUAACAAAGAGAUAAAAUUUAGAGAUUAAAUUUUAGAAACUGCAAUAUUUUUAUCAAUUCUUAAUUUAUACGCUAUUAUCAAUUCUUAAUUUAUACACCAAUAUCCAUUCAGAAAAAUAUUAUAUUCUUAUUUUAAAUAAUAUUUUCCCAUGCUGCACCGGAGUUCAUCAUUUGUUGUACUUGCACUUGGUCGUAAUUUAUACAAAUUGCCGAAAUUUCUAUACGCACAAGCUAUUAUGCUGGCACAUGGUUUUGCGAAGACAGAAACAAUCUACGACUUAACUCCUGAGGCAAUACGUAGAGCAUUUACCUGGUAUUAUAAUGACCUUAUUAUAUAAUCUGAAGGCGUUCAUAGACUAUAAAAUAUCCGUUAACAAAUGAUGGACGAAUAGUGAUGCAUGCGAUCCCCUAGUCGGCAUUGAUUGCAAUCCAAUAAUUUUAUUUAAAUAACUGUCCAUACUACGAUCAGGAAUAAGAAAGAGAGAAAAAUUGGGUGAAUUCAGGCAAUAAAAGCCCUUUAGUGCUCAAUCUCAACACCAAUAUGAUAUAUAUGUAUAUAUAUAUAUAUAUAUAUAUAUAUACAAACCAUACGGGAAAGGGAGCACAGUAGAAUUGGCUGAAUUCUCAGUACAUUAUAAGUCUCCGUGGAAACCAAAUUUGAUGAUGGACAGUUAUCGUCGCCAAAGUUCAACAACAUAGGUGUCGGUCGUAUAAACUCUGUAUAUGUUUUGGCAAAAAUGAAUUAUUCCUUUGACCUGUCAAACAUGUGACAUGUAGCCUGGCAUAAACGAGCCAUACAUAACAAUAUAAAUUGUAAUUUCGGUAUAUGCAUUGAUACAUGUUAUCUCUAGUUUUACUGAAUACAUGCCCGAAGUUUGUGUUUGUGCUGUAUAUAAAGAAAGGGAUGUAUCUGAAAUACUUUGAAAUUUAACAGAUACAUAUAUUCCUUAACUCUAUUGACUCUCCAUCUCUUGAAAAGUCUGUAUUGAACUUCGUGCCCAUGAAGGCUUAAUCAGAUCAUUAUUGUACAACAUACCGUAAAUUUAGCCAAAUCCAUUGUAUCCCUUACCUUAUAUUUUGUGUGGUAUUCUUUAAUUCGCCAGUGUCGAUCUGACAGCAAAUUUGAUUGGAUAUCAAAUUGCCACUGACAUUAAGCGCUGCACUGCUUUGCUUUCCUGAAUUCACCUACUGUUUCCAAUUCCUAGUAACUCUGGAAACCUAAAUCAAUUACAACCUUCUACCAACACAACGUAUAAUAAUUAUUCACUCUCACUCAUAAGAAGGCUCAUGGAAAAUAGGUCGAAUACGUGAACGAUCUGAUAAUCAUCUCGAUCCUUAAAUCUUCACAGGAACGCUUUUCUCCGUCCAAUUUAUUAAGGAUCAAUUCGAAUUUCAAAGCAAUAAUGAAUACUCUAACUCUCGUAAUGCGUUUGGAUAGGUGCAAUAAAAUGGUUAGAAAGUAUGCGUGAGCCAGGUGCAAUUUGUUGAGUCUUUCGGACAUUUUAUAAUCGAUUAUUUUGUUGUACUUAUAUCUUUAGCGGGGUUGCAUAACUGUAACCUCAUUGUUUAGCCGUAUGAUUUUCUUAAAAAAGAACUUUCAAAUAGGAACCAAAACCAUUUAUUUUAACGUUUGUAAUUUUAGCAAUAAUACUGUAAUUUUUCCUGUUUGAAAGUUUUUAUGCGCACAAUGUUUCUGUUGAUGAAGAAGGUCAAUAUUUUAAAAGGUAGCUAUAUACCUUAACGUAAUAACAUUUUUUAGAAGUAAAAUAUGUGUCAUAUUAUAUAUAUUUAAUUUUAUUGUUAUACCUUUUUUACAUAGUAUUUUGAGAUGAG